AUAUGAUUUGGUGCAUUCCGGAGUUCACUUAUGGUCCCACAAAGGUAAUCUUUGGAGAUAUUCAUUUUAGCAUACUGUAAAAGCCUGUGCACAAUGUGCAUAACAAAGCAUCAUUAUUGUCAUUCUCUUCAAAGCAAUUCUGCAGAAGCAGCCUUUAUUUCCAGACUCUGCAGGCCUGCUGGGAGGAAACAUAUUACAAUAAACAGGUAAGAUUCAUCCCCCAAAAAACAUAAACAACAGAAAGAGAGUUGUAUUUCAAGACAGUUUAGAGAAGAUGGUCAUACGAGUUCUUAAUAACACUCGCAAAUUGUGAUGCAUGAACAGUUGUGAAAUGUUGUGAGAGGCCCUUCAGAAUGCACAUGAUAUGGUAUUUCAUGGCACUGUCUCACACCUUACCUCAUCUUGCAGAAGAAGCUCAUGGUCCACUAUCUGCUGCUCCAGAGUCAAGGCCAGGUGCCACACCAUGUCACCACGGAGCACAUGAGCGGCUGGCUGGUGUCUCAGGGCAAAAAAUCCCUUAGGGAGAGGGUGUGGAAGGAAACCCUGGAGGAGGGGAAUGACCUCGCUCGGCUGACCUGGGAAGUCAACACUUGCCUAAAAAUGAUAGACAUAGAGCACGAGGCUGUCUGCAAGCUCCGCCGCUCCUUGCACUCCACCUCGCCAGCUGACAUCGACCCUAAGGUCCACAGCAUUGUGGAAAGAGCAGUAAGGAGCAUUAUGGGCGAGCUGUCCAAUGAGCCCCGUAGCAACCUGCUCAGCCCAUCCCAGGUGGUUGUGGAGGUGGUGCCCAGGCUCCUCCUGGCCCUGUGGCUUCAGCCAAAGGAAGGCCAUUCAGGGCACCCAAUCCUAAUAAGCGGGAUGGCCGUGGGCAUGGUGGCGGCCGUAGUGGAGAAGCUCUCCAGCAUGUUAAAGGCCCCUUCUCCUCAAAUCCCUUUCUCCCGCGCUGCGGCUUUUGAAUCUGUCUGGUCAAUCCUCGGGAGAAUCAGUCAGUCCUUCUCCACGGAUGACCUCCAGAGCCCAUUUUAUGUGAGAUCUGUCUGUGCCUUUGUGGCUGACGAGGUACAGAGCUGCUUCCAGCCCCCUGCAGCCACCUUACCAGUCCUCCCUGUCGUCGCCGCGGCCAUCUCCACCACACCUCCAGACAUCCUAGCAGAGGCAGACCCGGCUUCUUCCCACAUGGAGGUUGUGGACAUCACCGCUAACACAGAGGCAGACCCGGCUUCUUCCCACCUGGAGGUUGUGGACAUCACCAUUAACACAGAUGCAGACUCGGCGUCUUCCCACCUUGAGGUUGUGGACAUCACCUCUAGCAUAGAGGCAGACCCGGCUUCUUCCCACCUGGAGGUUGUGGACAUCACCCAUAACACACAGGCAGACACGGCAUAUUCCAACCUGGAGGUUGUGGACAUAACAUGUAAGACAGAUGCAGACCCGGCCUGUUCCCACCUGGAAGUUGCGGACAUCGGCCCUAAAACAGAGGCAGACAGAGCUUGUUCCAAAUUGGAGGUUGUGGAAAUCCCCCCUAAUUCACACCUGGAGGUUCAGGACAUCACCCCUAAGACACAGCAAGAUCCGGCUUCUUCCCACCUUGAGGUUGCGAACAUCACCCGUAACAAAGAGGCAGAUCCGGCUUCUUUCCACCUAAAUGUUGUGGACAUCACCCCUAAUAGAGAGGCAGAGCCCAUCUCUUCUCUCUUGGAGGUUGUGGAUGUCACACCUGAAGAAAGGACUCUCAAGAUGGCCGUCUUCGCCACUCUGCCAACUGACAUCCAAGCAGAGGAUGUUGCUGUGGUCAUCCCAGAUGUCACCCCACACGUCACCAAGGAUGUGACACUGGAUGUUCCAUGCAGAGCUGCAUGCAAAGGGAAAGUCCGCCGAUUUUUUUUCAGGCUUUGGAGGGCAGUGUGCUGCUGCGCCUGCCACAAGGAAGAGGAGGAACAAUAUUAGUUAUUCAUCAGACCUUCAGAAAUGGGAUUGAACCAUAGACCAUUAAAUUAUUUGCAUUA